AUGCGGAGCUGCAGUACAGCCUCGUCCGGAAGGAAGAGGAAAUACGAUGAGGUGGGAUCGACAGAGGGGGAAAAGCUGUCUGGAGAGAACAUUAUAAGAGGCAAAAACAAAGAAGGAAAAGAAAAAAGAAGAUCAGUCAGUUUGUCUAAUGCUUUUUUCAGCGCAAAAAGUUUCGAUAAGUAUGACAAUUAUUUUGAGUUGGCUAGGGGCGAUGCGGCAGACGAGGAGGGGGGAAGUACAAGCGGUGGAGAGGGGAUAAGUGGUGGAGAGGGGAUAAGCGUGGGAGAAGCUAUACGCGUGGGAGCAUCACUCACAACGAACCCCCCCGUGAAUGAGAUCCUCCUCCACGUGAAGCGCUUCAAAUUUUUUCUCCUUAAAAAAUCCAUGGUGUACAAAAUUAGGUGUCUGAAUCAUAACUCCACGUGGCUGUCCGAGCUGUCAAAGGGAGGGGGAAGAGGCAGACGAGGAGGAGUAAACGGGGGAUUCCUUAACGACCGCCUAUUUGUCAACCCUUUUCCCACCUACAAAGAAGUGGUGCGCUUGUACUAUGAACGAAAGUAUAAAGAAGCCUACAUCAAGUUGGGCCUAAUUUCAGUUAAUUCCUUUUCUUCGCCGGGGGAAGAAGACAUCCUAAGGGAAAACUACUUCGGAAGGAAAAAUUACAACUUGGUUUUUCUCCUCCGUUCGAUAGGAUCCACCCAGAAGGUGAAUUCUCCUUGCGGAAAAGACAUUUUAAAAAAAAAAGAAAAAACAAAAGAAAAAAAAAAAGCCCAAGGGAAAGGUAAGAAAAAUGCCAUUUCGAAGAGAACAUCAAAUGGGGGCUCUAUUUCUGCUGACCAUAAAAGGGAAAAAAUUAUUGAAAAGGGGAACACACUCCGAAUGUAUAUGCAAAGUAUGAAGAAGAAGAAAAAGGAGGAAGCAGAAAGGGAAAGAAAAAAAAAACGUAUUUUCAUUGUCAGGUAUAAAUUUGUUAGGUACGAAAAUGAUGUAAAUAGGUGGUGUGAUAGGUAUCUGCAAAACGGAGCAUUUGCAGUGGAGGGGGCAGCCAAAGUGGGGGGAGAAAAAAUGAAACGCUGUUCGUGCAGAAGGGGGGGCAACAUUAGUUCCCCAUGUAGACAUCACUCCAACGGGGGUAGCAAAUCUGAGGCGAUAGAAAGGAACAACUAUGGGGUAGUACCACACGGUAGUAGUGUAAACAAACCCAGUGGCAACCUUUCUGAGGAGGAACUGGAAAUGGGAGGAAAGGAAAAUGGAGACAUAAAUACCCAGAUUGAGAGGGCACCCGAUGGGGCAAAUCUUCCAAAUGGAAAAAGGAGCGAUAAAAAAAAACACAGCUCCUUCUUAAAUGAGCGGAUAAGAGGCAAAACUAAGGUAGACACCAAUUUGUUAGUCUUCCUCAAAAUGCUGUGUCUGUAUAGAUAUGCCCACUCCUUUGGGGAAAACAAAGGGUUAAGCUUAGGUGGGAGUAUUUCCUCUACGGUGCACAUCAACCGUUUAGAAGCAAAUGGGCUGACUUUCCUGAGCCAAAAGGUGAGCAUAGGAACCGCUUUGCAAAGGGAAAUACUAAUGUAUAUGGUGAAGUACCUGCGGAGAGUCCAAAAAGAAAUUAACCUGGACACUCACCUUUGUCUGCUUCUGAGCGUUGUUUACUACGAUUUGAAAAAAUUUCAUAAAAGUUUGUUGUAUGUGAGGAAAAGCAUCAGACGGGACUACUUCAACUUCGUGGCGUGGGUUCUCUUUAACAAUUUAAUUUCGCUCGAGUUGUUUUCGCGAGGUGGUUCACGGAAAGGCAAAAUGGGAAGACGCAAACGUGAGUUGUUACGGAACCCCCCCCAGGGGUGUAGCCGCACGGGUGGAAGCAGUUAUGAAGCCAUUUGUGAAGAAAAAAAACGAUUUCGAGAAAACUCGAAAAAGUUGAAAAAGCUGUGCAGCCAUUUGUUUCGAAAUGGAUAUUUUCAAAGCGGAAAGGGGGACUGCCUAGAUGCGGCGGAACACUAUUCGAGGUACAUCUACGUGAACCCGCUGCGGAGCUCGGGGCCGUCUUUUUUCUUUAGGAACGGCUACUUUGUAAGUCGCGUUUUUAGCGCGGUGGGAGGGGAAGGGCCAAAAAAGUGGAAUAACCCAAGCGGGGAGAACCUCUCAAGAAAAACCAAACCGCGGAACAAAAAGACGCACCUCGCAUUUUUCGAAAGAUACCAGGGGUACCUAAAAAGGCACAAGUUUAGAAGGAACCUCAUGUCGCUAUUCGGGUUCGCUCACUUUUGCUCCCUCAAUAGUUUGCUCUACAAAGAUUCCAUAAAGACGUACAAACUUUUGAAGGGAGUUUUGCCCAACAACUUUUAUGUGUCCUGUCAGCUAGCCAAAUUGUACUACUAUUGCGGGGAGGUAAAGAAGAGUAUGAAGUGCUUUGCCAAAAUGAACCGCAUCUACAAUAGGAACGUCCUUUUGGAGAGAAGCCUGCUGGAAAGCUGCUGUGUUCGCUAUUUGCAGAGGAGAGGCAAGCGAGGCAAAGAGGGGGCACAAACCAGUGGUGACAGUCAACCAUGCAUCCACGCAAUAAGUGCGAAGAAGUGUAGAGAGAUGGAGAUGUUGCUGCUCCCUGGGUAUUUCUCAAAGGGAUUUAUUUAUGUAGAACUUUUGGUGAACAUGCUGGUGUGUGAGAAGGACCUCCCCGCAUUGUUAAUUCUUCUGCAGGAUUGUGAAAGGGCUGCUGGGAAGUGCACAGGUAAGAGCAGAGGGGCUAAAUACGACUCUACGUUAUGCUACAUCAAGGGGAAGUAUCUCUCCCUAUGCGAUAAUCGGAAGAUGUCCAUUCUUUGCUUUAAGGAAGGAAUUAAAAGGAAUAAAUAUCACUUGCUCUCAUAUAUGGCUUUGGCCCAGGAGUAUUUCUCCUGUGGGAAUGUGAACAGCUCUGUGGAUAUCCUAAUGAAGGUCAUCAGUUUAUAUUUUAAUAACCCCAGUGCGUGGUUCAGUUUGGCCAAAUGUUUUGAAUGGAAAGAGAAUUACCGAUUUUCCAUUUUUUGUUACGAACAGGCGAUCACUUUUCAGCAGAGUACAAUUUUUUACAUCCACCUGUCUGGGAUUUAUUUGAAAAAGGGAGACGUGAACGGUUGCAUAGACACGUUGAAGAAGGGGUGGAGAUUUAAAAAAGAUGCUUCGUUGGCAUCUACGUUGUUUUUUUUAUGCUUAUCCAAGAUGAAAGAACAAAAUGGGGGGCGCCCCUUCAUGGGGGAGGAAGCGCAGGAAGGAAGUGCCCCUUACCACUCUAAAAAAGAAAGGGGUAAAAAAAAGAUUUUUCCUUUUUAUGAAAAAAAUAAUGAGUGUUUCAGGUGGGGUGUCAAGUAUUUAAAAUGUUGCUUCGAUAAAAUGAAGAUCAUGCGGAGGUUAAAUCGUGGGGGGUGCGUUUCGUCUGUCCCAAAGUUGGAAGCUGAAGAGGUUGGAAAGUGUCCCCACUUGGGUAAAGCGCAACUGGAUGAUAACGCGAAGAGUGGUGCAUACGAUAAAUGGGAUGGUAAUUCCUUUUUAAAAAAUUUAAAAAAGAUAUUUGAGAAGAACACAAGUUACUUUUGCUUUAUUCACUUUUUAAGAAACGCCUCUACAACUCUGUUUGAAGCUAUUUACUACUUGGCACAUUACUUCUUUUUCCACGAACGUUUUUACAAUGCGUUGAAGCUGUUUGAAUUUUUUUUUCUUUAUUUUCUUUUUUUUUUUUUUCUUUUUCCGUUUGGAUUUUCUACAAACAGGGAAGUUGCCGUUGGGCCAACUUUGCUGCCUCGUUGGGUACAUUUCAAGUGGCUCAUAAAACCGAAUUGGUUAGAUUUAUCACCGUUACUAUUUUUUUUUAAAAAGGACAGCCCUGUGUACACGUUGCAAAGUGUGGGGAAGAAAAUGCUGAAUUUGAAAGUGGCCUUUUUUUUAAGCGCCUGCAUUUUGUUGUUCCCUCGGUAUGGUGCCAGGAGGGAUGCACAAUCAUAUGAGGACACACCUGGUGCUUCGUCCCAUGGGGACAAGUCAUUAGAAGCGAAGCAAACGAACCCAUGGGGGUGGGGAAAUAACCAAACGGGCAAACUGUUUGGCAGUGGUGCAAACAAAGAGAAUGACAGUAACGAGAGAAAGCACCAGGUUUCCUUUUUUUUUUCUGAUAGCAAAGGAAUCCCCUACGAGGGAAACAACCUUCCCAGUCAAAACAUGUGUGCUUUGCAAGAAUACCAAAAUGUGAAUCGAUGUGGUAGCGCCCAUGAGAGAAUGAUCCAACUGAAUGAUGCCCGUCCUUAUCGUUUCAGCGGUGGUAAUUUUUCCCCCCUUUUACACACAAAUAGAGGAACGACGAAACAGACGAGCCAGAGGGGUGAACGCAAAUUCGAUCAGCUGCUUCUUCUUUUGAGAAAUGUCAUACCCUUUAAUAUGGCUCCGAAAAAGGAGAUGACGCAAAGAAGGCACAAAAACUGCAUCACAGUUGGGGAAAGUGUAAAAAGUAAAUCCGUUUUUAAAUUUUUGGAGGACGAAGGUAUGAAGCGAGCUGUAGGGACCUAUCACACGCGGUAUAAGGAAGAAACUGCUAUACUGUUUGCCUACGAAGAAGUAAAAAGAAUGAUGAGUGGGGCGAGAAAAAGCCGAAUAUUACGUGAGGCAUGUACAUUGGACUGUGGAAUUGAUGGUACAUGCGAAAUGAAUUCUGGACUUCAGUACUGCGAGUGCAAAGCGGGUUAUUCAAUGGAUAUAAAAAAUAACUUUAUAUGUAAAGAACACUGUGCAGUGAAUAAUGGGGGGUGCGACCCGAAUGCGGUGUGCACGCCUGUUGUUCCUGAUGAUGAAGAAAAAAAUGGAGUCAUAAAAAACGUUGGUGUUCUUUGCAAAUGUAAAAAUGGCAACACGAAGCAUAUGGGAUAUUACUGCAACUCAGGUUAUUUCACGAGCCUGAAUCUGCUUUUGCUGCUCUUGUUGCUUCUCUACUGGUGUUACUGA